AUGGAAAAUGACGGUGGAAGUCUCAUCUGCUCAGAGAAGGAAAGAGUGAACGAGAGAGAGACAGGAAGAAACACACAUACGCACACCAUUUAUGAAUGUGCGUGGUUGGAGAAUAUGUUGUUGUUUUUUGUUUUUUUGCUUUUUGCCCAUUUUUUUUUUUUUGUUUUUUAUCUUUGCGUCUUUUGUCUGUGUCUUCUUUUUGCUUCUUUGUGUUGUUUUGGUUUUAUUUAUUUCCGCCCAUUCAACUUUGAUGGACACUUUCCUGAGUCCGUUUCUUUUCUCCUCUCUCUCUGUAUAUAUGUGUUUGCAUGUGUUUCUGCUGGGGGGUUUUUUUGUUGCCUUUUUCUCUUUGCGUCGAGCAUCGUCUCGUCGCGGCGUCGCUUCCCCGUUGCGUCUCCUGCUGCAGUUGUGGGAGCAGAAACGCGCUGUGACCCUCCCGACCUCCUCCCUCUUCUUUUCCUCCUCCCUGUUUCUCUCCCGCAGGAAGUAGUAAUGCCACACACAACGCCCACGGCGGCGCGAAGAGAAGAGGAGGCUGCAGGAGAAAAGAGGGAUGUAAGCAGCAGGUCUGGCAGUGAAAGCGGCAGCAAAAACAACACAAACGACAACGAUGUCGCCGUGGAGGCACGACGACCGUCACGACGUGCACUGCACCGACAUGCCGUGAAGAAGUUUAAUGAACGGCGGAAAAAUGAAGAGCGAAGGCGUCUGGCGGACGAGCGCGAUGGGAAACUGUUGGACCGCAACAAUGCGACUGAAACUGUAGCUGGUGGUAGUGAAGGAACUCCCGUCUCUCAUGCCGACUGGGGCGGGGAACUGCAGGCCACGCAAUUGCUUCGUGUGAAUCCCAUGGAAAAAUCAAUUCUGAUAAAUAAGUGGGAGUUUGAGUUUUUUUUUCGGACAAUACCGUCUGAAUUAUUGCAGACGCCUGCGGAAUCGAAGGGUCCAGACACCGCCGUGGUUCCACCUUCCUCCUCGUCGCUUUACAAUGAGCAGGAGCAAUCGCUUGUUGUGCUGAAUGAUGAUAGGCAUCGAAAUUCGGGCGGAUCCAUUUCUCUGAAGACUCUGAUGCAGAGUAGUAUCACAAAGAGCAUUCAUGUAAGGCGUGUGGAAGGGGUCCCACCGCUUCCCAUGAAGACGCCGAUGCAGCCUGGAACAGACUUGGAUCAACCAACCCGGAACUACCUGUUACCGGACACAACGUAUAAUGUUCAUCAACACGCCCCGGGGUUCGAGCGCGAUCAGAAUGCAGCGAAGAGGUCGCUACUUGCCUGCGCCGUGCAGGAGUGGCGUGGUGGGGAAGAAAACGUUUUGCUGCUCUCAACGGGUGAGGCGCUGAGAAGUGUAUUUGAGUCCACAUACUGCGAUGAGAAGCCUCUUGCUUUAGAAGUGAGGCGAAUGGGGCCAACAUUGUUGAUUGACUCACACAAUGAGCGGGAUUUUCGCACAAGGGUGCGUGACAUGCGGGAGAAGGCGCUGUUGGGUAAAGCGCUCUACCGCAUUCACAACGAUGUCUUUUCUUGGAAAGAAACCGACGAUGAUAAUUAUGAGGGCGCAGGCGGUGGGGUUCUGUCACUACCGACACACCGCGUGGGGUCACUUGCCCUAUCAAAGGAGAUAAGAACACUGAGUCGAUAUUCACACAUAUUCUCAUGGGAGAUUGGUCUAAUGGAUGUGUUGGUUGGCAUUGACACACCCAUUGUGAUCGACCGUAGGGACAACACGGAGUUUGUACUGAAGUUGGAGAACACCUCAGUCGUCAUGACACCACAGGAGAUCCAACGUGAUGCAUUGCGGUGUUGGUUCGAUGCAACGCUUGCCAAUGUGCCGCAUGUUGGCAUCUAUGUACACAAUGAUGGUAUUAUUCAGCGGUAUGAAGUAAGAAAAGUGCAAGAAUUGCUUGGAAUUGUCGAGGGAAGCAUGGCAACGGCAGCCAUGAAUUUUACAAUGAAUGUGCUUCAAUGGUUGGUGAAGCAGUGUAAAAAGGAUGGGACGACGUAUGCGGUAAUACGCAACUACGAGUCGGGAUACUUGGAGAUUUAUGAAUACUCAAGAGAUGAGCGCCUUGAGAAGUUUCUCCCGGAUGAUGGGGCGUGCGGAAAAGGCAAUUUUGUGGGGGUCAAUGAUGUGAUAAACAAUAGUAAGUUCAACCGCGGCCGUGAGAAGUCUGGUGUAGAGGAGAUUACCGAGACGCAGCGGGCAGAGGAGGAGAAGAGCGCAGAGGAGAACGAGCGGCUUAACUGGGGGUUGGCGACCAUGUGCUUUCGAAUGGGUAUGCAUUUAAAGGACUCGGAACAGAAGGCAUCGGAUGCGGUUUCUUUGCUACUACGCAGCUUUGCCGUGUACUUUAUGCAACGUGCAAAGAUGGAUGAAGCUUGCAGUCAUGUGUGCGAAAUUGCAAAGUGUCUGCCUGCUCUUAUCGGUCGUCUGAUCAAAAAUCGAAAGGCGGCAAUUGAGGAAGCAGGUGGCAUCAUACAGUUGCCGGAAAUUUAUCGAGAAGCCUUUUUGACAUGUGGCCGCUUUGAAAUGCGCCUUCAGGAAGCCGCAUACGAUGAGACGCUUAGUGUCGCCAUACGCCGGGCCUUUUUGCGGUGUAUUCUGCCAUGUAGUGCCGCCUUAUGUGUGUGCGUUGCCCGUACGAUGGAAGAGUUUGCUGCAGAGCGGCGUGUGUACAUGCAGUUGCGGGCGGAGAAUAAUCGAGGUAGUCAUGUUCACAUCCACAGUCUUAUUGCGAAGGACCUUCUGCAGGUCGUCGUGGAGGGGCUGUUGCGCCUGGAGCAAAUGAACCGAAUUUUGAAAAGCGGUGCAGCACUCACAAAGGGCAUGCCGUUGGGCACAAAAGUGGAGUCAAUGGCAUUGAUGGAUACAAAAACAGAAAUACUUGACGUGACACCACUGGAAACCACGGUGUGGGAACUCUACACGGACGUUGUGCUCCUCGUCAUGAGCGACCGGACACCGUUUACGGCGGAUGUCCUGGUGGAACUGAGCCGCCGCAUCAAAGCCCGCGAGCAACGACGUCGUUGUGGAGGCGGCAGUAAAGACUGUGAUCAUGAGGACAACCACAACAGCAGCGGCAGCGGCAGCACGGAGACGAUUGUCGCAGGGGAGUCGACCCUGGCGUGGCUGUCGGCCCUUACGCCUGAUGUCGUGUCGCUCUCCUUCACGGCGCUGCGGUUCCUCACAAGAGCGGGCCUUCAGUCCAAGCGGCUCCUAUCGAAGACGGCGCAGGUGUACUACCACGUGGGGCACCAUUACUUUUUGACCGACCGCUACACCAAGGCGCUCGAGUCCCUACACCGAGCUCAGUCACUCUUCAAGGCGAUGCAGCAAGCUCCGGCAGACACAGUGUUUGGUGCGUGUUGCACCUCCUCCGCAACGGUGACACUACGAAACGUUCAGCAAUCACUGGGUGAAUUGUACAUUCGCAUGACACGCCUUAAAACCCGUCCUGUGCCAACCGAAAUGAAACUGAGUUUGCAGCAGCCACUGCUGAUGGGUGAAGUGCAGGAGUUAUCACAGGAGGAGGAGAAUUUUUUCCGCCACGCGGUUGAUUCCUUUACGAGUUGCGAGGCAAAGGAACAGCUGGCGUCCGCCCUCAGAAAAUACGCCUCGCGGCAAAUUGGUCAAGUUGCCUUCAGUGGCCAACAAGCGGAUGUCGCAAAGGGGCGUCAUAUCUUCUCCAUGUUGCGGAAGGUUGGGGAGCUGACUUCCAAUGACGUUGAAAUUGACUGGGAGGUCCUGCGGCUGUUUACAUGCUCAGCACAUCACGCGGCCCUGCAACACCGAGCGGAGCUGAUCUUGUCACAGUGGACAGCAGGUGGCGGAACACCCGAGGCGGGUGCUGUACGCAUGCCACUGAAACUCAUGUCCACCGUGCAUCCUGUGGAGUGUGCAUUGCAGAUGGCUCUCGUGUCUCUCUCACUGUUGGAGAAUAAAAAGAAGGUUAAGAUGCACCAAGUGAUGGGUCUUUUGCGGGCAAGUGUCGCCCAUCUCAUGGUUGCAAUAAAAGAUGCUCAUGCGGCGAGCAAGACACCUGGUGCUCUGCUGGUUCGUGCCAUGUCCACAUGGAAAGCGCGCUGCACACAUGAGUGGGUAUGCCGCAUUUCAAUAAUGAUGAGCCUUCGCGCCAUGCGAGUAAUGGUGCGUCUGUUAACAGGCGAUAAGGCAUCGGAGGCGAAGCAGCUGCUUCGACGACUAAUAGAAAUGGAGGAAAAACAUUCUGAGAUUUUAAAUAAAUCGGAGAUUUGCACGGGAAAAUGUCAAUUUUGGCGCCUCUCUGAAACCCUUAUGGAGUCUUUGCAGGAUGUUGCCAAGUGGUGA